GACACCUCUCUGAAGGCUGGGCACAUCCCAGGCUGGCCUGAGGGGUGGGGGACUGGGGACAUCCCACCCUUGUCAGCCAGUGUCCCCCCCUAACCUGGGGGGGAUCCGUGCCAGGCUGGGGAGGGUCAUGCCCAGCUGGGAGACCCCCGAGCCCCCUCUCUUCACUCCUGGAGGGUUUAACCCCGGGACUCUUUCUCUUGGGGAUCCCCCCAGAGUGCAUCUUGGGGGCAUCCCAGGGUGUGCAGUGGGAUUUUGGCUGGGAAGGGGGUUGGGAGGGGUCUGCAGGUGAGGGUUGAGGUGCCAGUGAGACCCCACCCCGUGCCCCCAGCCCCCCGUGUCCCGUGCUAUGAGCGUUCGGCGUGACUUCUCCGCAAGCAGCUGCAAAUGAAAAUGGAGGAUAUGUCUUUGUCUGGCCUGGAUAACAGCAAACUGGAGGCCAUCGCACACGAGAUCUACACGGAGCUGGUGGAGGAUGCCUGCCUGGGGCUGUGCUUCGAGGUGCACCGGGCUGUCAAGUGCGGGUACUUCUUCCUGGAUGACACGGACCCCGACAGCAUGAAGGACUUUGAGAUCGUGGACCAGCCGGGCGUGGACAUCUUCGGGCAGGUGUACAACCAGUGGAAGAACAAGGAGUGCGUGUGCCCCAACUGCAGCCGCAGCAUCGCCGCCUCGCGCUUCGCCCCUCACCUGGAGAAGUGCCUGGGCAUGGGCCGCAACAGCAGCCGCAUCGCCAACCGCAGGAUCGCGAGCAGCAACAACCUGAACAAGUCAGAGAGUGACCAGGAGGACAACGAUGACAUCAAUGACAACGACUGGUCCUAUGGCUCAGAGAAGAAAGCAAAGAAGAGGAAAUCGGAUAAGAACCCCAACUCGCCCCGCAGGUCCAAGUCCCUGAAACACAAAAAUGGCGAGAUCGGCGGGAACCCCGAUCCCUUCAAGUACAGCAACUCAGCUGGCAUCAACUACGAGACGCUGGGCCCCGAGGAGCUGCGGACGCUGCUCACCACGCAAUGCGGGGUCAUCUCCGAACACACCAAGAAGAUGUGCACCAGGUCCCUGCGGUGUCCCCAGCACACGGAUGAGCAGCGCAGGGCAGUCCGGGUUUACCUCCUCGGGCCCUCCGCGUCCCUGCCCGAGGCCGAGGGCGGCGUGGAGAACGACAGCUUCGAGGUGGCCGAGAGCCAGGCCCUGAUGAGCCGCCUGCAGUGGGACGGCUCCUCCGACAUCUCCCCCUCCGACUCGGCCUCCUCCAAAGCCAGUACAAACAACUCCGAGUCCCGCAAGACCAAGAAGAAGAAGCCCCACCUGGGGCUGGUGAGCGGCGCCCCGGGGCUCGGCUCCAGCAAGAAGAAGAAGCCCAAGCCCCCCGCCCCCCACACCCCCAGCAUCUAUGAUGACAUCAACAACUGAGCCCCGCCGAGCUGGGGAGGGGCAGGACGGACAGAGGGACGGACAGGGGCCAGGACAGCCCCCUGGCACCCCCCGGGCCAGACACAACGUGGGUACCGGAGCACAGAGGACUCGGCUGUGGCUGGAGUGGGGCUGGAUUUGGGGAGCCCCUGUUAGUGCCCCCCUUCCUCCCCCCCCCGCCCCGGUGCCUCUAUUUAUUCUGUGACAGUUUUUGUACGCGGGGCUCCCUUUGGGGUGUCACCCUCAGGGGGGGUACAGGGGUACAGCCCCCCCUUCCCUCCCAGCACCCCCAAAGCCAGCUGUGCCCCCCCACACCUGCUCCUCACUUACCCCAGUGGGGUGGGAGGCACCUGGACACCGUGGGCAGGUCUGGGCCUGGGUCAGGGGGUUGUGAAUCCCCCCUGCUGUGGGGUUUUGGGGUGAGCCCCCACUCUGGAGCUGCCCCCCUCCCUGCCCUGGGCUGGCACUCGCCGGUCGGGCUGGCUCAGGAGGGGGGGUCACACUGGAGGGGGCCUUUCCCACUCAGAGGACAAGGGGGCAUCCUCUCACCCCCAGAUCUGUUCAGCUGUGCCUGCAUUCAGCUGUUGGGGGUCUUGAGGGCCUGGCAGUGCCCACACAGGGGGUCACAGGGGGCUGCAUGCUGCAUCCUUCAUGUUUGGGGGUGGGUCUGGGGGUGGGGGGAGCUGCUGUGACCAUCCCUGUGCCAAACUGUUUGGGGAGGGGGGACCCCAACCUGCCAGGGACGUCUGGGGGGGAGCUGGGAAUGGAGCAGAACUGGGGGGGAAG